ACUUCCCUUGUCACUUGCACAUCGGGAACACGCUACAACCACACAGUGACAAUGCUGGGACCUCUACUAUUACUGCUUUCACUGCUGGAUAGCCUGGUUUUGGGAUUGAAUCCAUUUCCUGGGAAACAAAAGUAUGAGGUGGUUUAUCCUCGAAAACUUCAUACUCAGCACAAGAGAGAUACACAGAGCAAAUAUCCAGACCUGGUGCAUUAUGGGAUAGAAUUAAAUGGACAGCCACUAGAACUUCAUCUGGAAAAGACUGAAGACCUGCUAACUAGCAACUAUACAGAGACUCAUUAUCUGGAUGAUGGUACUCCAGUCACUACAAGUCCAGCAUGGCAGGAUAACUGCUAUUAUCAGGGUCGUGUGAAGAAUGACAACAACUCCCAAGUCAGCCUCAGCGUGUGCCAUGGGUUAAGUGGUUUUAUCAUGACACAAGAACAGCAACUGUUGAUUGAACCUUUGAAGACUGAGAAUGGCGCACAUGCUGUGUAUUCUUAUCAAGCCCAGGAGGCCCCCAAAACCUGUGGUGUGGACCAUACCAUGUACAAUGAUACCAUAAAGACAAAGAUAUCUUUUUCCACAAGCAACAAUGAGAAAAGGGCAUUCCUUAAGGCAAGAAAAUAUAUCGAGCUGUACAUGGUUGCUGAUAAAUCCAUGUACAUCAAAUACAAAAACAAAAAAGAGCUACGGGAAAGAAUAUUUGGAAUUGUUAAUUUCGUUAACUUGGUAUACAAACCCUUAAAUAUCUUUGUGGCUCUGACUGGACUUGAGAUAUGGGAUAUUAGAGACCAGUUUACAGUUGUCUCUUCAGCUAACAUCAAUCUCGAUCAGUUUUCUGCAUGGAGGAAAAAUAAUUUACUGCCCAGGAAACCAAACGACAAUGCUCAGUUUCUGACGCACACUGACUUUGAUGGUGCUACAGUGGGACUGGCCUGGGUCAGCACUCUGUGCAGUGACACCCACUCCACAGGGAUGACACAAGAUCACUCUAAAGAAUAUGUUCCCAUUGGAGCGACUCUUGCUCAUGAAAUGGGGCACAAUCUGGGAAUGGAUCAUGAUGGCGGUUCGUGUUUGUGCAAUUCUGAAUCUUGUAUCAUGGCACCUUCUUUAAGUUUUAAUACGCCUCGGGAAUUUAGCUACUGCAGUCACCAGAACUAUCAGGACUUUAUUCUGCAAAAUAUGCCGCUCUGUAUGAAGAACAUGCCAGACAAAAAUGAGAUUGUCAGCGCUGCGGUUUGUGGAAAUCAGUUCACAGAAGAGGGAGAGGAAUGUGACUGUGGCACAGAGGCGGAAUGUACCAACAACUGCUGUAAUGCCAAAACCUGCAAACGCAAAGAAGGCGCUCAGUGUGCAGAGGGAGAGUGCUGCUCUUCUAAUUGUCAGCUGAAGACUGCAGGAUCCGUGUGCAGAGAGGAUAAAGAUGACUGCGACUUGUCGGAAAUGUGUGACGGGAAGUCUGGCAUGUGUCCAUCUGACCGUUUCCGGAUCAAUGGAUUUCCCUGUAGAAAUGGCGAAGGAGGAUACUGCUACAAUGGCAGAUGUCCCACUCUCCAAAGUCAAUGUCAAAUGUACUGGGGUCAAGGGUUUGUUGCUGGCUCAGAUUCCUGCUUUGCACUAAAUACAAGAGGCAGCCCUGGGUUUUGCCGUCAGUCUGGAGUCAAUGUCGUGUGCCCAGCAAAGGAUGUGAAGUGCGGAGUAUUGUUCUGCUCUAGGAGCAGCUUGCGUCCUUAUAAUUCAGACUGUAAUGUCCUUAACCCACAAGUACUGGUGGAGGAUGGGACACGUUGUGCAGAUGAAUAUGUAUGUCAAGGUGGAAGAUGCACCACUAUUCAAGCUGCUUACAAGUCCCAGAACUGCUCUGCAAAGUGUUCAAAAAAUGCUGUAUGUGACCAUGAACUGAAAUGCCAGUGUGAUAAAGGCUGGGCACCUCCCAACUGCGACACCAAUACCACUCAACUAGGAGCUGGCUACAUUGUGCUCAUUGUCAUUAUUCUGAUAGUCAUUCUUCUGAUUGUAUUGUUUGUGGUACAUAAGCUAUCCCAAAAGAAGAAGCAGAGGAGAGCUGAAAAUGGUAGUUCUGGUGUGGCCAAUCCCACCUUCCGUAUUGAUAACCAGAUCAGACCAGCAAAUGGCUAUCCCUCAACCCCUCAGGUGGCUUCCCGGAAUGCCAUGUACCCUCCACAGCCUCCAGCAAGCUCUCAAAAACCCCAGACCUCUGCCAUGUACCCUCCACGAACCCCAGCACCAUCUCAAAAGCCUCAGGCUCCUGCCAUGUACCCUCCACAACCACCAGCAAAUUAUCAAAGGCCUCAGAUUCCACAUGCAUAUCAGAAGCCAACCAAUGUGGUUCCAGCCAGGCCAGCAUACCCCUCAGUUCCACCACAGGCAAUAAAGCCAAAUUACAGACGAUAAGAAUAAUGUGCAGCAGAGCAUGAAAUUUGUGGUAAAAGCACCAUAAAAACUGUAAAGACACCUCUCUAUUCUGCAUCAAUACAUAUCUUACCUCUGUAUUUUUAAACUUUUGGAAAUCACCAAGUA